UAGUUCUAUUGUUUCUCCAAUACCUUAUCCCCAAUUUUGCGAAAUUCCUAACCAGCUAACUUCUUUCUCUCACUCUCUGCUUCCGUUCUACCCCAGGUUCAGUGAGCUUUUGGUUGCUGGGGGGCAUUUAAAUUGAGCUCUGAUGGGAUGUCCGGUUGGUGCUACGAUGCAAUCUAGUUACUUGAGCUGCCCUUUUCUUGGGGAGGCAAAUGGACUUCGUUUUUCUCCGGUUUCUGCACCGCGUGUCGCUGUUGUGAGAAAGAUUGUGGAAUGCAAGGAAUCAAGAAUUGGGAAGCAACCGAUUACGGUGCCAUCCAAUGUGACUCUCACGAUGGACGGCCAAGAUUUGAAAGUGAAAGGCCCUCUGGGGGAGCUUGCUCUUACUUAUCCACGAGAAAUCAAACUUGAGAAGGAAGAGUCUGGAGCUCUCAGGGUGAAAAAAUCAGUAGAAACAAGAAGAGCCAACCAGAUGCAUGGUUUAUUCAGGACCCUAACUGAUAACAUGGUGGUGGGUGUUUCUAAAGGCUUUGAGAAGAGACUUCAGCUGGUAGGCACUGGUUAUCGUGCUGCUGUUGAAGGAAAAGACAUAGUUCUCAAUCUUGGCUUUUCUCAUCCAGUUAGAAUGGCAAUCCCCAGUGGCCUGCAGGUGAAGGUGGAAGAAAACACAAGAAUUAUCGUGAGCGGAUACGAUAAAUCUGAAAUAGGUCAGUUUGCUGCUUCAAUCCGGAAAUGGAGACCUCCAGAGCCAUACAAAGGUAAAGGUGUGAAAUAUGCUGAUGAAGUAGUUAGAAGAAAGGAGGGUAAAGCAGGCAAGAAGAAGUAAACAGAUGUACUUGUUACCAUUAAUUUUGUCGGUCCCUCGUUUCUUGUCUAUAUGAUUAUUGAAGAUAAUUUCUGAACAGUGGUGUUGCUUCACUGACUUCAAGAACUAGUUCAUUCAAUUGUAGUAUUAUCAUCUGAUCUUCAUUUUA